AUGAUUUCAUUGAACCGUGGCCAUGCAAGACCACUUGGCGAGUGUCGUGUAUCUGAGAUUAUUAGACCUUUUCCUCAUUUCACAGUAAAGCAUCCAGGAAAACUUAAUCCACAGUAUUCUAUCAGAAAAUUAAGUUUCAGAAGUCCUAGGAAUCAGUUGAAUAAAAGUAAAAUUAGCAUAACCGGCUCUGAUGAAUUUGAAAAAUUCAACUUUGAUCGGAGCAAAUUUAAUGAUUUGAUAAGAGUCAGCACAGAAACAGAAAGAAAAAUCUUUGAAUCAACAUUCAAUAUUGAUAGGGAAGACAAAAUGCCUACAAAGAGAGCUCUUCGAAGAUCCUUGACAAGCACACCUAGUGUAGACAGCUUGCCUGAAUUGAGACUACCUAGAAAAAAUGUAAGCAAAAGCGUUGAUAGUCAAAAACCAAAAUCAAUCUUGAGACUUAGUGAUGGCUCGCCAACAACAAGACAGCUGAAUGCAAAUAUUAAAAGUUCAGCUGUGUGCUUCAAUACUUCUCAAAUUAUUUGUAUCUAA